UGUCAAUAUCGUUUUAAUAUUCGAGGCCGAACAUUCGACGCACCUCAAGUCACGUAGGCAUAUAAUCUAGCUAUAAGCCAAUAAAGAAGUAAAACAAAAUUGUUUAAGAUUGGGAAAUGCUUCAGUUCAACUCGUGAAAUAAUAUAACUCUAUUUGAAAUCGUUGGAUUUGACUAGAUGAUAAAAUAAUACGAUACGGCACAAAGGGACUGUUUAAACAAGGAAUAUAAAUAUUGGGAAGUCCCAAUGUUAGAGAAAUAAACCCAUAUAAGACAGCCCGUGAUCUCUCACAAGGACUUCCCUUUUUGGUGAUUAUUUUUAACCCAGUGAUACCUUGCAUCAGGAUUUAAUGACUCAAGACGAGGGAAAUCCUACCAGCUUCUACAAUGCAGAACCAAAAGAUUUUGGUUGUGUGUUGAAAGUGGAUCAGGUGGAUGCCAUAUUUAAAAGCCAAUACCCGGAGAACUGGAGUGUAGCCUGGGCCCCUGAUUGCUCGUUUGUUGCCUGGUCACAGGGGGCCGGGAUUGUCUACCUCCUACCCUGGGAGAGACAUGCAGGACAAAUUUUAAAGAAGCCCACAAGAAACAGAAGUUUUGAAAAUAUAGCAGAGCUGGUGGAUGAAGAGGCUUUCAUCAACAACUUGCCGAGACUCGUGUCUGACAACAGCAUUCUGGAUGACGACACAGAGCGGGUCAAAUUUUGCCAUCAGAAUGAUCAACAAGCAGCCCAGUGUUACAGAAUUGACUGUAUGGACAUUGUGUGGAGCAUGGCAUUUGGGGGCUCGCACACAGAGGGCAGUAAUAUAUGGAGAAGCUACAACUCUCGCUGUGACCUGAUCCUGGCUACAGGACUACAGGGUGGAAAAAUUAAACUAUGGAAUGUCUAUUGUGGUAAUCUUCUAAUGGAGCUAUUAGACCACAAGUCUAUUGUACGAGGGUUGAGUUUCACAUGUGAUGGUAGUUUCCGCCUCGUCUCGUGCUCAAAUGACUGCACUGUAAAGUUCUGGGACUUGGAGGAUGAUGGGAACAUGUACAAAACUGUCCGCUUCUGUGAGAAGACGAUGGUCUGGGGCUGUAAGUGGUCUCCAAACAACAAACAUGUGGCAGCGGUCGGCAUGCAGAAAAAAGUAUACCUGUGGAAUGCGGAUGAUCUAAGGAAGCCAGCUCUAAAGCUAUUUGGGCACCAUCACAGUGUGGCGAGUUGCGACUUCUCUCCGGAUGGCGCCCUUCUAGCCACCGCUUCGUUUGACACACGUGUGAUCGUCUGGGACCCAUACACUGGGGAUGCUAUUUUGUCUCUUUGUCAUCUUUUUCCUCCUCCAAGACUGAUCUAUGCGGGUGGGGCAAAUGACCACUAUGUGCGUGACCUGUCUUUCUCCCGAGAUGGACAACAUAUAGCAACAGUAUCUGAUGAUGGGUAUAUCCGUAUCUGGGACCUCCACACAGGAACGGGGAAUCCAGAGUGGAUUUCAGAGACCAAGAAGCCCCUUAGCUGCAAGUUCAGCCCAAACGGACAUGUCGUAGCUGUGGGGACCCGUGUUGAUGGCACGCUGCAGAUCUACCGACCCCCAAACAUGGGCGUGACGUCUCUCCAGCACCUCUGCCGACUGAAGAUCCGGCACAAGCUCGAGUCGAAGGCUAUUGAUCACCUGCCCUUGCCCUGCCGGAUAAAGGAGUUCCUCAAGUAUCGACUUCCCUGAAGAUGACUGGUAGAGUCCAACAACGCAUCUGCCUGUUAUAGAGCCUAAGUCCAAACACAAUAUUCACUCAACCUGGAUAAGUUGGUGAUUUGCGUUUCUGUACAUGUGGCAAAGAUGCAGCUGUUUUUCAUUCAAAAUGUUUUAUAACAUUUUUGACUUAUUCAUGUGAUAUUUUCUGUAUGUCAGUAUUUGCAGUGUUUGACCAGUAUGUUACAUUUGCUCAGUACCAUGUUGAUGUCAAAGUAAUACAGAUUUUUUUUUAAUAAAUUGUUGAUAUAUCAUUAAAAUGCCUGAUAGGAUCAGCAGUUAUUGGUAUCUGUCAUCUACAGUAAAAUAUAAGUCAAUAUGACUUUUCAUGCAAGAAAUAUAACUGAAGGUGAAGGUAGUGAAAAUGUUAAUGUUGUUUUUAUGUUACUUGGUAUCCAAAGCAAUUCAAGUGAGACAGUUACUGAUAAUAGACAUUAAGAGGCCUGGUACAGUACAUCCACAUGUUGCCAGAUGACUUUCUGUCCUACAUAAGGCACACAUUUUUGUUUUUUUUACAUUGUACUUUAUAAGUAUGUACAAAAUAUUUAUUUAUUUUUUUUCAACUGAAAUGAACAGUAAAGAUCCAGUUAUAAAGUUCACUGAAAAAUGUACACUGAAAUAAGAUUUAACGUUUGAUUACUUAUUAGGUCAUGGUCAUAGAAAGUGUUAUAUUUUAGCCGUUGUGAUUAAAGGGAAGUAAUUCAUGCCUGUUGCAUAGUUUGUUAUGUACAGAGUACUGUCAGAAAAAUAGCUCAAUGUGCUAAUGUUUAGUGUUAUUAUAUACCUGACAUGAAUAAUGACACUUGUAUAUUGAUCUUGUAUUGUACAUUAUUGUAAUUAUCUAGUGUUUAUAUAAAUAUAAUAUUAGCUAAGUGUAGUUUAUUAAUUUAAUGUAAAUAUUGGACUAAUUUACAUUCACUUGCCUUUGAAAAUUCAGAUCUUUUAUUGUCAUUUGUCUUUUUUAUAGAUCACUGUGUCUGGCAUUUUGUUAAAGGAAUCUCUUUAUAAUGGUUGCUUAUUUUUAUACAGUGGAAUCUCUAUGCUGUGGUAGUACAGGUUUGUUAGGCUAUGGUCAGAGUUUUGUCGGAUUAUAAAGUGCUGUUGUCAUGAGAAACGCUGGUUUAUAUAUAUACUUGUGUGGUGCCUUACUUAUGAUGUUCAAUCAAGUGCUGCAGUAUCAUUUUAUAUCUGUUUCCGAAUAGUGCAAUAAUUCAUGUUAAUCUGGAAAAAUCCUUCUGUUACCGGUUGUCAAACUAGCAUUUACAUCAAGUCAUAUGCAAUAAUGUUCAAUGUUGAUGCCUUCCUAUAUCAUUUUGAUAUCAUUCAACAUUGUAUUGCCUCCUGAUUACUUAUAUGUAAAAGAAACGGCCGAAAUGAAUUAUGUAUAUGGGGUUAUUUUAUUUUUUAUUCAAAAAAACUUUGAUUUAUUCAACAAUAUAAUUACAUUUUACAUAACAUAGUAUGACAUUACAUGAUACCAAUUUACAAGCAUGUUAUACGAAUGCAGUUAAGUUAUUUACGAAUAAUAAUUGUGAUACUAUGAAUGUAAAAGCUAUCUAAACCAAAAAAGACUGGACAAAAAUGAAAAAAAAAUCACAAAACAUGCAUGUUAAUGAUCUAAUUGUUCAUUUCGAUACAUUGUUUUAUUCUUUUGUACAAAAAACUUUUGAAAAGUAGUUACAAAAACAAAUUUCUUACAAUUGCCCAAUUACUUUUAAAUUUAUCUGAGAUAUGUGUAUUUUUAUAAAUGUUCCAUGCUAACUGAAGGCUAUUUCUGAAACCAAUGACUGUUGGAACAUACUUUUUUCUUUUACAGGUUAUUGCAUUUUAGAAAAUACAGAUUUUGCAAUCUUUCAUGGCCAGGAAAGGUUGUUAGUGAUUUUUGAUCAUGUAUUCUUCCACUCCACAUCAACCCUCUCAAAUGAUAACAAAAUGAUAUGGGGUCACAAGGCAUCUGAAAAUCACAUUGAUUUACUAUAUACAUCCAUCCAUUAAUCUACAUGUUCUUAAGUUUUUAAAUUGGUAAUAUUAGAAUCUUGGAAUCAGAAAUGAAACGGUAUCAAAAGAAAACUCUUUUAAAAUACUUACACAUAGUCUAUUAUCUUUGAACACUCUUUGACUCUUUAGAAAAAGAAAAAAAAGGAGAAAAGGCUUUAUUGCAUAUUUUUAAAGGUUCUGUAUAUACAUGUAAUACUUAUCAGCAGUGUGUACACACAUGCAUAUUUUGUAACUAUGUAUCUCAAAUAUUGCUGUUCUAACUGUAAAUAGAGUUUUAAUUCACUGUUUUCGCUAUAGAAGUGAAGAAAUAAAUAAGAAACAAAU